UAAUAUUCAAGAGGAAAUACAUUCAAGAUGGCGGCUGGUCGUGGAAGUGGAGCACAGAGAGUUUUACAGAAGUUAAACAAAUCAAUAGAAGAAGGGAAUUAUUAUGAAUCCCAUCAGAUGAUACGAACUCUAUAUUUCAGGUAUAUGUCCCAAAAGAAGUAUAAAGAUGCCAUAGAAUUAGUAUAUAAUGGAGCAUGUUUAUUCUUAAAGCAUAAUCAGGCGGGGAGUGGUAAUGACCUGGCUAUGCUAAUGAUAGACUGUUUUACUGAGUCCAAUCAAGGCAUUGAUGAUGAUAAGCUACAGAAGAUAAAAAGUAUUUUUGAGCUUUAUAAUGCAGUGGAUGUAUCAGACAGACAAGAAUUUGCUAUGAAAGCCCUUGGUUGGACUAAGAAAGUUGAUCCUACACAGAAAUAUGGUAAUACAGAACUUCAUCAUGUUUUUGCAAAAACCUACUGGCAAGAAAAACAUUAUAGUGAAUCUCGAUAUCAUUUUUUAUAUGCUCAUGAUGGACUGCAGUGUGCUAAAAUGUUGAUUGAAUUUGCAACAACAAGAGGGUACCCAGGGGAGCAAGAUUUGUUCAUUACUCAAACGGUCUUACAAUUUCUCUGUUUACCAAAUGCCACAACAGCAAGUAUUGUGUUCUUUGAGUACACCAACCUCCACCCUGACUUCACAGGAAAAAAGCCUCCCUUUCCAAAACCUUUGUUAAAUUUUGUAUGGCUUCUUUUGUUAGCAAUUCAAAGGCAAAAACCAAUAGAUUUGUUUACAGUUUUGUGUGAGAAGUAUCAACCAACGUUAGACAGAGAUCCUUGCUACAAAACAUACCUUGACCGGAUAGCCCAGCUUUUCUUUGGUCUCCCACCACCAAAACCCACUGGCAUGCAGGGCCUUAUGGGUGAUUUAAUGCAGUCUUUAUUUGGUGAUGAAGAUGACAUGCUAUUGCAAGGAAUCUCUAUGCCAGGAAUCACUAUGCCAGAAGGGGAAGAUCUGGACUGAAAAAAUUAAAAAGAUUUUGCACACCAUAAUAAUAAGUGAAAACAAAAUUAAUAUUGAGUAAUGUGAAAAUAAGGAAACAACAGUAAAAGAAAUAUUGUCAUAUCUAAUGAUUGGCCUUUGCAGGGGUUUCAUGCAGGGGGUUGCACAAGUAUUUAUUUAGUAGUUUUGUAUUCACAAAGAAAAACUAUUCAAAUGUCCAAAAAAGGUGUUACCCUACUCAUAUUUCAAAGACUUCAUCUUCCAAGGAAGGGGGGUUCUGGUACCCCUGGGACCGUCCCCUGCACACACCCCUUGACUUCUAAGAUUUUGUAUUGUAUAGUUGGUUCUUAUUGUCACAUUAUUCAGUGAGUUUAGUUUGCUUAUGACGUCAAAAACAUUAACUUAGAUUAUUCAAUGCUAAGUUAAAUAAAGACAGGAAUGUGCAAUUACCAUACAGAUCACUGACAUGACAUUUAGAGCGGAUUUCGUUUGACUGUGCAAACAAACACGGUACGUUCGUGCUGUGUCCGUAUCGUGCCGUAGCCUUGAUGCAUUGCAAAAUCUUUGCUUUCCUUUGAAAUCCUAGAAGGCAAGGUUCCGUGUCCGUGCCGCGCGGUUUCUAUGUUGUGAUUCAUACUUUUGCACAGUCAUACGAAAACCGCUCUAACCCCAAUUCAAGCUGUAAGGAUGUAUUUAUUUAUGGCUAAUAAUAGACCAAUGCAAUGUUCCAGUUUACAAGAUCAUGUACAAGAAAUACUCUAUAGAAUACCCUAUAUAUUUGUGAUUGCCUAACUAUUGGUUUAGGCAAGUAAUUUAUAGAUUGAAUGAAAGCAGGUGAUGAUUUUCCUGCUGCUAUCAUUAUCAAUAAGGUAUCCUUUGGGAGACACGACAAAAGAAACAUAUGGACAAGGUUCUCCAUUUCCUCCCAUCUCCCACUAAUGGGCCACUAAUGAGCUUUAGCUAUUCCAGGCAAGAGGAAAAUCAUUUCCAUACACAUGUUUUAUAUAUUUAUAACCAUUUUAGUUGUUUAGUAUUAUAGUAUUAUAACAAUUAUAAUAAUACAAAAUUGAAAGACUAUAAUAGAAAUAAUCGCUGUCCACACAGUACUUUUAAUGUAUCAGAGAUAUGCACCUCCGUAGUUGCUUAUUGCACUACCUCGUGGUGUAAUCAAUAACUAGCUAGCCUCUGUAGCAGACAUUCUUUAAGGGUUUCGAUUCUCUCCCCAGCAAAGUCGAAUCGAACCGCUAAGAACGUCUGCUACGGAGGCUAAUAACUAGCAUGAGGCAAUUUGUUUACUACUCUGUUAUUUCUGAGGAAACUGCCUCUAGGCACAAUGUCAUUCCAUGUAAUCAACGAUUACAGUCACUCUAUAUUGCAUUACUAGUAGAUAGCCCCCUCAAAAAAACAUUUCAAGAGAUAGUUUGUGACAUAGUUUGUAUAUUUGUUGUAACCCCUAGCAAGGAACUGCUUGUUAUAGGCUGUAGAAAUAAAAGGCCACUAUUACUGUA